CCACUUCCUCCUCUGUUUCGCCUUCACGACGCGUUAACCCGCUGUCGUUUCUUUGUUUCAUUUCUCUCGUCGCUUUACUUUCUAGUCGCACCUUUCACCAUGCCUUCUCUUCGACGAACUGUCUCUGAGUCGGCCACUUCGGUGCGCACAAGCCCAUACCCAAGUGCGCUCUCGCUCUCUGCAGCGGGCGCUCUCAACGCGGGUAUUCCGACCAGACCGCGUCGGACGGGCUCGGAAACGAGUGGACGUAGAGUACUUGCCGACAUUGAGUGGUGGAGGAUUUUGGACGGACAGCAGGAGGAGGAUAAUGACAACGCUAACGUUAAUGAAAAUGAUCUGGAACGCGUUAACACACUCCAGCUUGGUCUGGUUGAGACCUUGCAGGAGUCUACAGGCGAACACGCAGCUGCAGCGGCAGUGAUGGACGCAGUCGACGACGACACAGCACUCCGGGUCUCCGACGCGUCGCAAGGGGCCUCUUCAUUGACGACUCCCUUCGCUGCUAUGUCCAUCUCUCCCGUGCCACCGAUGACACCACCGCGUUCGCGUGCUGCAUCCGAAGAGUCGACCUCGUCCGUCGAGUCUACGCCAGAAUCAUCUCCGCGCACGCCACUGUUGCGGUAUGAAACACUCUUCAUGGACGCACCUGCAAUUAACUGCACGAUCGCGGAUGCAGAUACAAGCAUCGAUUCUUGCGCAUUGCUCCCACCGUUCGUCGGGCGCCCGAGCAUGCUGAAUGCUUUGCCCAUGAUGCGCUCCGUGUCCUUCGGCGGCUUCGAUGCACCACGGGAAUCUGCCGACGACCGUUUCGGCGAUGUGAUCUUUAUCUAAGAUCAUGUAUAAAGCAAGCCGCAUAUAGUCAACGCACGCUGUUAUCCUCGCCUGUUCCACGCGCAUUUUCUAUCCUCCUUUUGCACGACACGCUUUCACGACCUGCGCAUAUACACAAGAACAAUCACGCCAUCUCGACGUUUCCUCUUGUUCCUCUAUCUACAGACACAUUCGUAUCACGUUUGUUACGACAAUCUGGUGCACGUUGCACAACCCACAACAACCGCUUAUUCGCUUGCGCUAGGUGCCAUGUCUCUAUCACCAUGUGCCUAACGAUCUGCGGCGAAAUGGUCCCUGGCCCCAGCCCAAAAGCAAUCUUGACUUGCGCCAACCUUUUUUUGCCUUUCUUCACGACGUUUUAUUUUCACGUUCUUCUUCGCUUUCAUUGUAUACUUUUUUGGCUUCUAACGUCCUGAUGCGGACUUACGACUGAUGACAGCCCACAAUCUCCGCUACAUUUUUGUUUCUCUUUCAUCAUUGCCUUGCAUUUAUAUUUUUUUGACUUUCAUCUGUGCAAUGUGGGCUAUGCCCGCGCUGCCGUAACGUCUUCACGUUUACGUUUAUCUUCUACUCUCUUCACGACUUCUUUAUCUUUUCUUCAUGCUCUCCGUCUUAAUGACCUCUUCCAUUUAUUUCUUGCUUUUAACGCCAUUUAUUCUUACAUCUUGCUUUGCAGUUUUAUCUAUCAUAUAGCUCGCGCUCGCUCGUCUUCAUACCAUCUCCCAACCCAUAUCAAACUGUCUCGUCUUGCCUUGUCUCUCGUCUGACUCUUUUCCUUUCUCGAAAUCAAAUGUAAAGAUAGAUAUGCAAAACAAACCUACCUAUCUCGUUUCUGUAUCCGCGCUCGAAAUAUAACUCGAAAUUUCUUGCGGAGACAAUUCCUUUAACCUCACUUUCUGCUUCCUCCCUUUUCUCUCGCAACCUCGCUCUCACU